AUGGCGACGAGAUCUGACAAACCAAAAUUGAUGGAAGCCGCCCCGAUUAUCAGAACAUACCCAUCCAGGAGAGACGACCUAGACGCCUGGGGUCUAGCUUACCUCGACACGUUCCCAUCUUUCGUCGGCUGUAACGACCAGACAUCUACUGAUAUUCUCACAAUGAUGGGUUCCAACACCCAGAUAUUCUCGUUCAUGGAGGGAUGCAAUGAGUACGAUAUGCAAUGUAUCGACGGCUUCCAAGAAGCUUACGACAAUAUCGAAGAACAUCACGAGAUACCUUUGUCAUCCGAUACAGCUGAAGUCGAAGGUCAGGAACUAGCCUUCGUUUCUGAUUUUGAGACUCACCAAGACCUGCUUGGGCUCCUCCCUUCGUCUCUGACCGCAGACACCGUCGCGUUCUCACCUAUUACAGCACUUCUCAACUUUGAGUUGGUUGGAACAGGGGAUCAGCAAUCUCAAGGUUUGGACUAUGAAUCUCGUCCUCCAUCUCCUUUGCCAUCCCUUCACGGACAGUCUUCCUCGUUUGCGCAUCACGAUGAAGAGGCUGCUGUCCCAGACGAUACCAUGUGUAUUGAUCCAUCAGUAUUAUUCCGUCAGCCCGAUAGAUGUUCUCUACGGUCAGAGACUGACAACCACAAUGACUGGAAGUACCCCGACCCUGACAGUGCCGAGUAUGCCAUCAUGCUGCUGCGAUGCCAUCACGAAGGCAACAAGUCAUCCAGUGCGUCCACUCAGGCAUAA